CGGGAGCGGACUGGCUUUGCUCAAGCAUCCGGUGCUUGUUAUGCUUAUGAGAUAGGAGGAAGCCGGAAAGACUGAGGACAGAGUAUGAGAACAAGAGAGGAAACCUAACUUGUCAGUUGUCUUCUUAGCCUUUUGAAAAUGGGAGAAUGGAUGCGUGCCCCCCUUUAUAUGAGACACAGAAAAACAGAAGAGAAACAUAAUUCACAUCAUUGCUCUUCUUUUUGGUAUGUAAUUAAAAGUACUGUAUCUGACUACACUGGGAAGAGCCUUGAGCCCCUGGAAGACAGUUUUUGUUACAGACAGGAAUAAUGUGAAAGAGAAAAAUGAAGCUGACCAGUGAACCUCUGCCUCAUGUACACAGCAGCGAGACCAUUCUCCAGUCCAUUUCAAAGUACUGCAGUAGCGAAUUGGAUGGUUUAAGAUGGCUAUCCAAUCAAGAGACUUACAGUCACGGUUUUCUGCUUGCAAAGGCUGAAGAACAUCUGGAAAAGCGGAUCAAAGAUGGAGACCCUCUGGCAUAUUUUCUCAAAGGACAGCUUUAUUUUGAAGAGGGAUGGUAUGAAGAUGCAUUAUUGCAAUUUGAACAAAACACAGAUUUUCAGUCCAUGUAUCAGUUGGGUGUAAUGUAUUACGAUGGAUUGGGAACUCCACCAAAUCCUAAGAAAGGAGUUGAGUAUAUGAAGAAGAUUCUCAACUCUGACUCCCCUAAAGCAAGACAUUUAAAAUUUGCUGCUGCCUACAACCUUGGCCGAGCUUACUAUGAAGGACAUGGGACUGAGAUUUCUGAAAAAGAAGCUGAAAGAUUAUGGUUUAUUGCUGCAGACCAUGGGAACCCAAAAGCAAGUGUAAAGGCUCAGAGUACACUUGGAAUGUUGUAUUCAGCACGACAUCCUAAGGAUCUUAAAAAGGCAUUCUUUUGGCAUUCAGAAGCUUGUGGGAAUGGAAGCCUGGAAUCUCAAGGCAUCCUUGGGCUUAUGUAUCUUUAUGGACAUGGUAUACGUCAAAACCUGAAGGCUGCUUUGGAGUGCCUCAAUCAGGCAUCAGAUCGAGGGAAUGUAUAUGCUAAAGGCCAUUUGGUGGAGUAUUACUACAGAAGAAAAUUUUUUACAAAAGCAGUCGAGUUUGCCAAAAGAAUAACAGAAAAUGACGAUGUUGAAAAGAUAGCAAAAGAAACAGAUUGCCUUCCUUUUUACAUAAGCAGAGGACUUGCAAUGGCUUCUUUCUACUUGGCCAGAUGUCUCCAGCUUGGCCUAGGAACCCAACAAGAUUUAGCAGCAGCUAAAAAAUAUUAUUCUAAGGCAUGUAGACUGGAUCCUGAUUUAGCUGCUGAUCUUGAGCUGACUGCUAAUCAUGGGAGAAUUUAGAGUAUUAUUUUGCUGAAUCUGAGGAACACUUUUCAUUCAGCUUCUGAUUAAUCAUGAUUAAUGUGAACAAACUUCCUAUGUCUCCCUUUUCCUUCAUUUAGAGUGAAGCAUAUAGAUUUCCUUCAGUAAAGUUAUAACCAUUAUGUU